CUCCUCCUUCUUCUCCUCCUCCUUCUUCCCAACCCCCCCUCUGACGGCCGGCCGCUUUUUCUCCCCGGCUCGCCCUCCCCGCGCCCCAUUUCCUCGCCAGCCGGGCGCAAGGAUGGGCGGCCGAGGGGAACCGCCGCCGCCGCCGCUGUCCCUCUAAGCGAGGGGGUGGGGUGGGAAGCCCCGCGCGGCCACAAGAAGCCGGCGGGGAAGCCUCGGCGCUUUUGCCCCGCUGCCCUCGCUUGGGUUUUUAGAAGUCGAAGGCCAGCUAGGCGCCCGGCCGGUUCUUUCAUCCACCUCCUCCUCCUCCUCAGAGUCCUCGGCGUCGUGGGCAGCAUCAGCAGCAUCCUCCAAAGCGUAUCGCCGCGCGGCCAGGCGUGAGGUCCGCGGCGCCGGCAGCGCGGGGCCGUCCCUGCAUGGGGGGUCUGGGGUCGCCCACCUUCCUUCCCGCCGGCCCUUGGAAGAGAAAGCGGCGGCGCCGCCGCCGGCGUCUCCUUCCCUCAGCCUCCCCAGGACUGACGCCUAGGUCGAGAGCGGAGGAUGGCGCUUUGCAAAGGCCCGCGCACGCGGCUGCCGGUGGGCGCCAGCGCUCUGGGUUUCCUGGUCCUUUACUGGCUCUACAUCUUCCCGGUUUACCGGCUGCCGGACGAGAAGGAGAUCGUGCCCGAGGUGCUCCGGCAGCAAGGCAGAGUUUGGCGGAGGAACCUCAGCGCCGCGGCCGAGUUCAGGAAGCUUCUCAAAGAUUGUUGCGAUCCAAGCCAUCUCUUUGCAAUGACGAAACAAAAUUCUCCGGUGGGAAAGAGAGUCUGGUACGAUGGCGAAUUUCUGUACUACAACACAAUUGACAACGAAACCUUCUCACUGUUUCCAAAGGUGAUUCCAUUCCAGCUGCCCUUGAAGAGAUGUCAUGUGGUGGGCAACGGUGGCAUUCUGAAGAACAGCCGCUGCGGCAAGCAGAUCGAUCAAGCGGACUUCGUCAUGAGAUGUAACCUCCCUCCACUAAGCAAUGCAUACAGCAAUGAUGUAGGAUCCAAAAGUCAACUGGUAACAGCGAAUCCAAGCAUAAUUAAUAAAAGGUUCCAGAAUCUUCUUUGGUCCCGAAAAACAUUUGUGGACAAAGUCAAAGUCUACAACCAGAGCUACAUCUACAUGCCAGCUUUCACCAUGAAAACAGGGACCGAGCUUUCUCUCCGAGUGUACUACACCCUGACUGACGUCGGAGCCAAACAAAAGGUGAUCUUUGCCAACCCUAACUUCCUACGGGACAUCGGCAAGUUUUGGAAAAGCAAAGGGAUUCACGCUAAACGGCUUUCCACCGGCCUCUUCUUGGUCAGCGCGGCUCUUGCUCUUUGCGAAGAAGUGACGAUUUAUGGUUUCUGGCCUUUUUCAAUGGACCUCCAUGGGCGAUACAUUAGCCAUCAUUACUACGACAAUAUCUUGCCAGAUACCGGCUUCCAUGCCAUGCCGGAGGAAUUCUUACAGCUAUGGCUUCUCCACAAGAGAGGCGUCUUACGAAUGCAGCUGGAGCGUUGCGAGGACUUUUGAGUUUGCUCUACAAGGAGCGCAAAACUUGUGUGUUUUACAGUUGCCGGUGCUGACUUCAUUCGCCAUCGGCGUAAAGAAACAAACCAACAAACAUUGGGGGGAGGGAGGGAGGGGUUUGCGGGAAUGAAACAAUCUUUAAAAAAAAAAACCGUGCAUGACUUCAGUUCAUAAGCUGAACGCGAACCGAAGACUUGAGAUUUUGUGACACUGAUGUGGGGGCUCCCUGGUGGAUAAUAUUUCCCCCCCCCCCCCCCCCCUAAAAAAAAAGAAUAUGCAGAAUGCAACGGUCCAUUGGGGAGCUUCUAAAUAAGAACUGAAGAGUGAGUUCACAAAGGGCUUUCAACAGUCGCGUUGAAUACUUCCUGAUGCUCAGAUAUACAACUGAUUCCCAAAA